UUGACAUUAAAAAAAUAUUUAACUUGGAGUUAUCUUGAAUCUCGUAAACAAUUAAACAAUUUUAAACGUAAACUUGAUAGACAUAAAGUUCAUAAUUGGUAUGAUCAAAUCACUAUUUUAUCAACAACAAAAUAAUUUUAUAAUAAAAAAAUCUGCUAGUAAAACAUCCGAGCACAGUCAGUAACUCAGUUCAAAGUUCACAAAAAGUUAACUUGUUAGAAUAAAUAUAAAAUGCCUUUAAAAUUAUACUGCGAUCUUAUGUCCCAGCCCUCGAGGGCUCUUUACAUUCUAUUAAAAUCUAUCAAAUGUGAUUUUGAGCCGAAAUUCGUCAAUUUACGACAAGCUGAACAUUACUCCGAGGAGUACUCUGCAAUAAACAGGUUCCAGAAGGUGCCAGUGAUAGACCAUAAUGGAUUUAUUCUAACAGAGAGUGUUGCCAUCCUCAAGUACCUAUCCAGAGAGAAUGUGAUACCAGAGAGUUUGUACCCUAAAGAGUCGAAGGCUCAGGCCAGGGUUGAGGAGUUCUUGGAGUGGCAGCAUGCAGGGCUUCGGUUACAUUGUGCUAUGUACUUCAGGGUUAAAUACUUGAAUCCAGUUAUGUUUGGCAAACCCGCUGAUCCUGUAUCUCUAGCUGGGUAUGAGAGUCGCAUGGAGGCAGCUCUGACGGAGUUCAAUGAGAAGUGGCUGGGCAGGGGGACAGACUUCAUUAAUGGAAAUUCUCCAACUGUGGUGGAUUUGUUGGCAGCUUGUGAAUUGGAACAACCUAGGAUGAGCGGCUAUGAUCCUAGUGAGAACUUCAAGAAUAUACAGGUGUGGUGGAAAAAAGUGCGGGAACAUUUCAACCCGUACUAUGACGAGGGGCAUGUUAUAGUCAAUAAGAUUAUUAAGAAAAACGCACAGGUAGCUUCUAAGAUUUAAUAUAAAAAGCUCAAUUACAUAAUUAUGUAAGAAAUUAAUUGAUAAUAUUGAUAAUCGUAUUUCUUUUUUCUAUAAGACUUAUUUAUUUAUUUACAAUUCACAUAUACAACAUUACAGCCUACGCCAUUACGUUAUACAGCCAAAAGAAGAAAUAAAAAAAUGAGAAAUUAUGUUGCAGGGCUAAAACGAAUUGUAUAUAAUGUUAUAAAAUGAAUAUAAUGAUAUGAAUAUAAUGUUAUAAAUAAUUAUGUAUAUUGAAAGUGUAUGUGACAUUUUAAUAUUUUUAAUAUAAUAAACUGUUGUCUGUUGUAGUAAAAGGAACUUAAAAAGUACAUAGAACAAAGUGCAUUUUAAAUAUUUUUAUACUAAUGGUACUUGGUACAUACUAUGUUGGGUGGGUGUAUGUAAUAUAUUUUAAGAAGAUGUUAUAUUUUUAUUAUAUUUUAUUAUUUGUGCAAUAAAAUAAGGUUUUACAAUAUUUUGUAUACAUUA